AAAUAAAAAAUACAUGAAAGCAUAAUACAAUAAAUUUUGUGAAAAUCAUCUAAGUAGUGAUUCAGUUGAGUAGUGUAUGCAUCGUGCCGCUUCUUUGGAAUUCCGAAAAUCCCCAUCCCAUCACCUUCCCCUUCACAAUCAGAUCUCUCUCUCUCUGAAUCUGAAUCUUCAAUCUCUGCACAAACCUUCACAAAUUCCCCAAUCUCAUCGCAUAUUGAAUCGAUUAAUUAAUUAAUCAAUUAAUAAUCACUCAUCAAAUUCAAUUUCAAUCUGGUGAGUGAUGGCUGCUCCAAAUCAAUCAUCAUCACCAACUCCUUUCGAUAUGCACUCUUUCUUCAAUCCCCCAAACCCUAACCCUAACCCUAACCUUUCUUCUCCAUUCCCUCCUUCUGCUCCUUCUCCACCACCCUCUUCUUCCUCUUCUUACCCUCCUCCCACCGGUCCUUUCCCUCCUCAACCUUUCCCAAUCCAUCAAAACAAUAACUACCCUUACGAUCACCACCAAAACCAUUUCCCAAUUCACCACCGUUCAAUUUCAUUCCCUACUCCACCUCUUCAACCUCAACCUAUUCCUCCACCUUCAAAUUCCAACGCCGGUGCUAGUCUCAUGGCUCUUAUCAGCCCCCGUCCUCCUACACAACAACAACAACCACAACAACAACCGCAACCUGUCUCUGUUAAUUCUCCUUUGCCGCUCGCUACUCCAUCCGCUGCUUCCAUUACAGCGGCUAAUGCUGCUGCGGCUGCUUUGACUCGGUUGCCGAGUAGUAAGGUUCCUAAGGGAAGGUAUUUGAUUGGUGACCAUGUUGUGUAUGAUGUCGAUGUUAGGUUGCCUGGUGAAGUACAGCCUCAACUUGAAGUUGCUCCGAUUACGAAAUAUGGGUCGGACCCUAAUCCGGUUUUGGGUAGACAGAUUGCUGUGAAUAAGUCUUAUAUAUGUUAUGGAUUGAAACAGGGGAAUAUCAGAGUGCUUAAUAUUCAUACUGCAGUUAGGUCUUUGCUUAGAGGACACACUCAGAGGGUCACAGACUUGGCAUUCUUUGCUGAAGAUGUUCAUUUGCUGGCUAGUGUUGGCACAGAUGGCCGUGUCUUUGUGUGGAAAAUUGCUGAAGGUCCUGAUGAUGAAGAUAAGCCUCAAAUUACUGCUAAUAUUGUUAUUGCUAUUCAAAUAGUAGGAGAGGAGAAAGUUGAACAUCCCCAAAUAUGCUGGCACUGCCACAAACAAGAGAUUUUGAUAGUUGGUAUGGGAAGACAUGUUCUGAGAAUUGACACCACAAAAGUUGGAAAUGGUGAAGCCUUCGUGGCAGAAGAUCCUCCAAAAUGUCCCCUUAACAAGCUCAUUGAUGGGGUUCAGAUUGUAGGAACACAUGAUGGUGAGGUCACUGAUUUGUCAAUGUGCCAAUGGAUGACAAAUCGAUUGGUAUCUGCAUCACAGGAUGGCACGAUAAAAAUAUGGGAGGAUCGGAAGACAAAACCACUUGCUAUUUUGAGACCACAUGAUGGGCAUCCUGUUUUUUCUGCUACUUUUUUUACUGCUCCCCACCAGCCUGGUCAUAUUGUUCUUAUCACAGCGGGACCACAAAACCGGGAAGUGAAGGUCUGGGUCUCAACAAGUGAAGAAGGUUGGCUGCUCCCAAGUGAUACCGAAUCCUGGAAAUGCACUCAGACAUUGGAGUUGAAUAGUUCAGCUAAGCCGACUCAAAAGGAUGCAUUCUUUAAUCAAGUUGCAGCAUUGCCUCAUGCAGGUCUGCUCUUACUUGCAAAUGCCCAGAGGAAUGCUAUAUAUGCUGUGCACUUAGAAUAUGGUCCUAAUCCGGAAUCAACUCGCAUGGAUUAUUUAGCCGAGUUUACUGUGACAAUGCCCAUUCUUAGUUUUACUGGAACAAGUGAUAUAUUGCCUCAUGGCGAACAUAUUGUUCAGGUUUAUUGUGUUCAGACACUGGCUAUUCAGCAGUAUGCUUUGGAUUUAGCACAAUGCUUGCCUCCACCAUCGGAAAAUGUGGGACUAGUUAAGUCAGAUUCCAGUGUUUCCCGAGAUGUAAUUACUGCUGAAGGAUUCGCCUCUUUAGAAUCGUCCGCAGGUAGAACAUCUGAGAUAUCUUUACCCAGUUCUGCUCCCAAGACAAUGAUGCAAGCAAGUAGCACUGAUAGUGGUCUUGUGGCAAGAUACCCUUUAAGCUCGGGUCAUAUUGAGGCACCUAUUUCUAGAGAAAUCAGCAGUUCAAAUAUUGAAGCUAAAACUGUUACAUUGGCUCCUUCUAGUAGUGAUGCUGAUAUUGUUUGUGUUCCUUCUCCACCUCUGCCUUUGAGCCCAAGGUUGUCCAGGAAGCUUUCUGAUUUCAGGAGUCCACAAUCUAACUUGAGUGAUCAUGUUGGGGACCAAGCUGUUAAUGAUUAUUCAGUUGAAAGACAAAUGGGUACCAUUCACAGGAACUUGUCCGGCCAAUUGAGUAGUGAUUCAAAGAAUGAUGAAAAGAAAAUCAAACAGGACGACAUUUCUACUGUACUUAACCCUUCUGUCAUGUUUAAGCAACCAACUCAUCUGGUUACACCAUCUGAGAUAACAAAAGCCAGUUCCUCCUCUGAGACUAAUAUGAUUGAUAGAAUGAGUGAGGUAGAAACAAAGAUCCAGGAUGUGGUUGAUGUGGGUAAUGCCGAAGUAGAAGUGAAAGUGGUAGGUGAGGCAAGGCCUUAUCAAAAUGAUGACUUUGGAAGGCAGGGGCCACAACAAAACCCUGUUUCUGACGGCAAAGAAAAAUUCUUUUGCUCUCAGGCUUCUGAUCUUGGCAUUGAGAUGGCCCGAGAAUGUGGUGCAAUAGGUGGGGAGACUUACAUUACAGAGCAAACUGGACACGUUGAUUCUACUGGAGGGGACUCGCUGGCCCAGCCUUCUAAUGCAGGCGAGGAUGGACUCCAAGACUUGCCAAAAGAUGUACAUGAAAAGGUUUCUGAGUCAUCCACAUCAAUGGUAGUACCACCGUCACCUGCACCUAAUGCAAAAGGGAAAAGACAAAAGGGUAAAAAUUCUCAACCAUCAGGUCCAUCUUCCCCAUCUCAAAGUGUGUGCAAUUCAACUGAUUCGUCCUAUGAACCAAAUGGAAUUUCAAACCUUCCAUCUACAGAAAAUGGUUUGCCUCAAAUUAUGGCAAUGCAAGACUCAAUCAAUCAGUUAUUGACAAUGCAAAAGGAGAUGCAGAAACAAAUGUCAAUGGUGGUUGCAGUUCCAGUUACAAAAGAGGGUAGAAGGCUUGAGGCUGCCCUAGGGAAAAACAUGGAAAAAGCUGUCAAGUCCAAUGCUGAUGCUCUCUGGGCUAGAAUACAAGAUGAGAAUGCAAAAAAUGAAAAGUUGUUGCGAGAUCGUAUCCAACAGGUUACAGGUUUGAUUACUAACUUCAUGAACAAGGAUCUACCGUCACUAUUGGAGAAAACUGUAAAGAAGGAAAUGGGUUCAGUUGGGCAAGCUGUAAUUCGUUCAAUGUCUCCUGCUAUUGAGAAAAUAAUAUCCUCUACUAUAGUGGAAACCUUCCAGAGAGGAGUGGGCGACAAGGCAGUGAAUCAACUUGAUAAGUCAGUUAAUUCAAAACUCGAAGCUACCGUUGCUAGGCAAAUCCAAGCACAGUUUCAGACAACUGCCAAACAGGCACUUCAGGAUGCACUCAAGUCCAGUUUUGAAACAACAGUGGUUCCUGCAUUUGAGAUGUCCUGCAAAGCCAUGUUUGAGCAAGUGGAUACUACAUUCCAGAAAGGCAUGGCUGAACAUUCAAAUGCAGUGCAGCAACGCCUUGAAUCGGGCCCUACUUCAUUGGCAAUGACACUAAGGGAUUCCAUUAAUUCAGCAUCAUCAGUUACUCAAACCUUGAGUAGAGAAUUGCUUGAGGGCCAGAGAAAGCUAAUGGCACUUGCAACCUCAAGAACAAACUCAGGCACAUUGAGUACUCUGCCCAUCCAGCUGAACAACGGUCCUUUACUUCAUGAAAAGGUUGAGGCACCACUAGAUCCCACAAAGGAGCUCUCAAGGUUAAUUUCUGAAAGGAAAUAUGAGGAGGCGUUUAUUGCCGCACUGCAUAGAAGUGAUGUAUCUAUUGUAUCGUGGUUAUGUUCUCAGGUUGAUUUACAUGGACUCUUGUCAAUGGUUCCUCUUCCCUUAAGCCAAGGUGUAGUGCUUUCACUUUUGCAGCAGUUGGCGUGUGAUAUCAACAACGACAUGUCCCGAAAGAUCUUGUGGAUGACAGAUGUGUCUACAGCCAUAAAUCCCUCAGAUCCCAUGAUAACAAUGCACGUCCGACCCAUCUUUGAGCAAGUCUAUCAGAUACUGAAUCAUCAACGUAGCUUGCCUUCAAUCACUGGACCCGAUCUUUCAGCUAUCCGUCUUUUAUUGCAUGUCAUCAACUCUAUGCUUACGACAUGUAAAUGAUUUUAUUUCUAGAAAUGUGCAAAUUUGUCAUUUGAACUCUUCUAAUACGAUUGGAAUUUUGUACAAAGCUGUGAGUUUCAUUGAAAGGGUCAAAAUAGGUAUAGUUUAUUGUCAAAUAUUCACCAGCACAUUGUUCUUUUCUGUCUCAAGUUAGACUCUGUUUCAUUCUCAAGUUCAGUAUGGAUGAAGAGGAUAGGAGGAGGAAGUUCUAUUUUUGUCUAA